AUGUUCAAGAAUCCCAACCAGCUGAGAAGGUCUCAUCUGGUGGGCGGGCCAUUUCUGUCCUUGGAGCGACACUGUCCAGCCACUGUAGACUUUCUACCCCACUCUGUGGUGUUUGAGGGACAGCUGCAGACCAUCUUCCAUCUCCUCCUGCAGUUUCAGCCCUUAGUCCCUUACUAGAGUGAAGUUCUGUGAACCCCAGAUGGAAGCUAGCUCUUGCAAGACUAGGCUGAACAGCCCAACAGCAGUCACUAACCUGAUCUUACCACCCAGACCGUAUUACUCCUUCCAGACAUCAGUGGAAAUAGCCAGGAGACAUACAUCUUACACCUGGUUGACCAAACUUUGAGGGAUGAGCUUCCCUCCCAACCCAAUGAUACUGUUUGCUCACAGACCCAUAGAGCCUACUGUGCCAGGAACACAGAUCUAGAAACAGUUGUGAACCACUUUAGGUACCAUUAGUUCCAGGCUUCAUUAUUGGCUGUGAGCAUCUCUUUUGGAGGGGUACUGGCACAAACUGGGAAGGCUGGGGGAUUGACAGCAGGACUAUCCACAUGUUCAUAUUCUACUGAGACUACCAACUCCCUAGAGACACCCCCCCCCAACUUGCUGCUCUUCAAUCAGCCCCUCACUGCUGGGCUCUACAGAUAUGCCUGGAAAAUCCACCAGUUUGAUGAGUGCUAUAUGGUCUUUGAGUAUAAUGACUGUGUUGCCUUUUAACAAGCAUUGAGCCCAAGAACCAAGGUAGAUGCCAUCCAGACACCUGUGCUCUGCCUCAAUGCAGAUGACCCCUUCUCCCCAUCCAUGGUGACCUUCCCCUUGCAGGCUGCCCAGCACUCUCCUUAUGUGGCGCUGCUCAUUACAGCUCAGGGUAGCCACAAUGGCUUUCUGGAAGGGUAGCUGCCAUGGAAACACUGUUACAUGUACCAUGUCCUACAUCAGCAUGACCAAGUCAUCUUCCACCCCCCAUCGGAGCUGCUUGACCUCACAGCACAUUCACCUGGGGAUGGAAAGAGCUGA